AUGGUACAAAGUGAGGAACAAUCUACAAACUUAACAUCUUCCAUGAACCACUCAGUCUCACAUAACAGUCUGGUAACAGGCAUCAAACCGACGUCAAGUAACUCAGCAAAUGCCGCUAAUAAACGUAGAAGAGUCACAAGAGCUUGUGAUGAAUGUAGAAAAAAGAAAGUCAAGUGUGAUGGUAAACAGCCCUGCCUUCACUGCACGGUGUAUUCGUACAAUUGUACUUAUCAAAGUCCAAACACUCGUAACAAGAAAUCCGCCAUUGCUCCAGAAAAACAAACGCUAUCUAUGAUUACUGCCGCCGUGAAUCAACACCACAAUCAACACAAUCAACAGGCAAAUCUGUGGGCACAGCCAUUCAAAUCACCCCAACAAUCUCAGUCUGAGAUAUCUGACAGGAAUGCAGUAUAUAAAAACAUCAUCAAGUUGAUGUUUCCCAAACUUAACUUCGAUGAAGAUCAACUGAACAUUGCCUCCUUAAUGAAAUUGGAAAAAUUUGAAAAGGUAAUAACGUAUUUGACUAAAUUGAAGGGCCCUGGCGAGUCAAUUAAUAUUCAAGAAAUUACCAAUUUGUAUAUGGAUGGGCAAUCUCCUUUGAAAGCUGAGAGAAUGGAACGGCAGUCGUCAGUCUCCUCGGUGGAUGACCAAAUCUCUGUGACCUCUAAUUCCAUUGGACGUGAGAUUAAAAUAAUCCUACCUUCGAAAGAAGUUGCUCUAAAAUUGAUCUACACAACGUGGAAUGAAGCGUGUGUUUUGUUUAGAUUCUACCAUAGGCCUUCAUUGCUUGAAGAAGUUGAUUUACUCUACAGCAUAGAGCCUAUAAAUUAUACUGAUAGACAACAAAAGUUCUUGCCCUUCAUGUAUAGUAUAUUGGCGUGUGGGCUGUUGUUUUCCAAACUGAUGACUCCUCCCUCAUCAAAUCAAGGAAGCCAAAGUGAAAAACUGGCUGCCACUGCCGAAGCAGCUGCCGCAGCGAAUAGUAAUGAAAGUCUUGAAGAUGACGGGUUCCGCUACUUUAUGGAAGCCAGGAAGCUAAUCGAUAUUACUAAUGUGGGUGACAUUAUAUCUAUCCAAACUAUUGUUAUGAUGGUUUUAUACUUACAGUGUUCUGCAAGGUUAUCCACUUGCUACUCCUAUAUUGGUAUUGCUCUCAGAAGUGCAUUGAAAGAAGGAUUACAUAGAAAUUUGUCCAUUUUCCAAAAUGCAAAGAAUAAAUUAACUCCAAUUGAAAUUGAUACAAGGAAAAGACUUUUUUACACAAUUUAUAAGAUGGACAUUUAUAUCAACUCUUUAUUGGGGCUACCAAGGUCUAUUAAUGAAGACGAGUUUGACCAAGAAUUCCCUGAAGAGUUGGAUGACGAAAACAUAACGGUAGAUUCUUUCAAUUAUGAAGAGCAGCAGGGAAGGUUGUCGUCAGCAGGAUGUGCUAACCAUCAUACCAAAUUAAUGUUGAUUAUCAGUCAUAUUGUGAGAGACUUGUACCCUAUUAAAUUGCAUAAGAAAGGUGGUCUGGUAAGUGGCGCUGGGUCGAUUCCUGGCGAGAGACACGGAGUCGACAGGCUAACCCCUGAGUAUACACAUUCCAAAGUCACUGAAAUUGAAUUAGAAUUAAAGUUGUGGCUUGAUAAUUUACCACUGGAAUUAAAGCCUACUGACCCCAAUGUUUCUGAUUCUGGAAAACAUAUUCCUAAGAAAUUCCUACUUGCUAAUUGUUAUCUACACCUUGCAUUCCUUAAUUGUCAGAUUAUGCUCUAUAGACCUUUUAUUCAUUUCAUUAGCAAUGGAACUAUAAACAGGAAAUCAGAUCCGAGAUCUCUAAUCAGGGGAAGAAAUUGCAUAAAAGUUGCAAGAAUGGUUGUGAAGCUAGCAAACAAAAUGAUUGAUCAAAAUUUACUCAUAGGUACAUACUGGUUUUCGAUGUACACUAUUUUCUUUUCAAUUGCGUGCUUGAUUUAUUAUUUUCAUUUUGCUAAUUACACUAACAAUAAUAACAGCACUACAGCUGGUGUCAAUUAUGCAGGUGUUUUAUUCGAUGACGAUUUAAAUAUUGAUAUGAUCAAGAAAGAUAUUGAAAUUGGGAAAAAAGUGUUAGAUUGUUUAAAGAAUAACUCCAAUUCUUCUUUGAGAAUCUUCAAUAUUUUGAAGAAUUUAUUUGAACAAUUGAAUAGAAGGACUGCGACCAAUUCUAAGGAUAAAAAUGGCAACGAGCCAAUAAUACAUGGAAAUGAGAAUGCAGCUGCCGAACAUUUCGAACAAGAGAGGAAGCAAUCACCUAUGAAGGACAUGAAAGUAGAGUCGACAUUCAUUAAUUUCGAUUCCAUGAAUAACUUUAAUUCGAUUGAUAAUCCACCUAGGAAAAGAUCAAUGUCAGCAUACUUCAAUCCAACUUUCAGCUUGGACACCAAUGAAAACUUUAAAGUGGAGAACGACAUCGAGCCUGCAGUAACAAAGCCUAAUAAACCUCAUCCUCUAUCUCAAAGCGUGUUAAAUUCGACCAAAGACUCGUCAAACCGGAGCCUGGCGCUUCCCACUGCAGCAACUUCUUCAUACUCCGAUGACAAUCUUUCUACUGAUGAUUAUAUGCCGGGGGUAAUUGAUAAGCUUGAUGCACAAAUCUUUGGUAGAAUUCUCCCACCUUAUAUGCUUGAGAAGAAUGCCAAGAUUGCUGCUGCGGUUAAUGGACAUUCCAAUUUUAAUUCCAGAAUGAAUUCUAACUCUGCUUCUAACGUGGAUAUACAGUCAUUUGACAAUGAACAAGGAUUUGAUGAUGCCAACGUUGAUUUGGAUCAAUUUGACUUUGGCCAGCUUGAGAAUUUGAUGUUUGAUAAUACGAUUGAUCAAUUGGAUCCAUUUAAUCCACAAUAUAGCCAACAGGCUUCUCCUGGACGCUGA